AUGCUCCGAAAGUAUAUUUCAGAUCCUUCUCAUAUUCUGGAGUCGCAACCAAUAGAAUUGAAGGAUGAUUUGAAUUAUGUGGAGCAACCUGUUCAGAUUUUGGACUGGAAGAUACAAGUAUUACGUUCUAGAGAGAUUCCACUUGUGAAAAUCCUAUGGAAGAGUCAUGCGGUAGAAGAGGCCACAUGGGAACCCGAGGAGUAG